AUCAAAUUGACUUAUUAAUAUACAAAUUCACCCUUUCAAGUUUCUUGAUUUUGCCUUUUCUCUCUCUCUAAAAAAGACCAAUCAAAAUCAGAAUUUUAGUUAUAAAUAUAUAUCUGAAAUACCCAAUACUGAGUUAACAAAUUCCUCUCCAAUGGCUUCCAUCUCUCUCUGUUUCAUCUCUUUCCUCUGUUUCUUGUUUGGCCAUGGAGUUUUUCAACUUCAAGCUUCUCACCAUGUUCACAAACCUCAAACUUCUACCUCUCUUCCUUAUCAUUAUCAUCAUCGACAACCUUAUAGAACUUCCUACCAUUUUCAACCUCCCAAGAAUUGGAUCAAUGAUCCAAAUGGUCCAAUGAUAUACAAAGGAAUUUAUCAUCUGUUUUACCAAUACAACCCAAAAGGAGCAGUGUGGGGCAACAUUGUGUGGGCUCACUCCACAUCAACGGACCUGAUCAAUUGGGAACCCCAUGAUCACGCCAUCUUCCCAUCUCAGCCGUCUGAUAUCAACGGCUGCUGGUCAGGAUCCGCCACCAUCCUCCCCGGGGAGAAACCGGCGAUUUUGUACACAGGAAUUAACCCUAAAAACCAACAAGUUCAAAACUUGGCUGUCCCCAAGAACCUCUCUGACCCAUAUCUAAGAGAAUGGGUCAAAUCCCCAAAAAACCCUCUCAUGGCCCCCACCCCACAAAACCAAAUUAAUGCCAGCUCCUUCCGAGACCCCACCACCGCCUGGCUCGGUCCCAACGGGGAGUGGCGAGUCAUUGUUGGAAACAAAGUUCACACUCGUGGACUCGCCCUCAUGUUCCAAAGUAAAGAUUUCAUCAAGUGGGAUCAGGUUGACCAUCCGCUUCAUUAUGCUGAUGGGUCGGGAAUGUGGGAAUGUCCAGAUUUCUACCCGGUAGCAAAGACCGGUCGAAGAGGGGUUGACACGACCGUGAAUGGAAAGAACGUGAAGCAUGUAUUGAAGGUGAGUUUGGAUGAUACAAGGCACGACGUAUAUACGAUCGGAACAUAUGAUGUGGAAAAAGAUAUUUACGUACCAAACAAAGGAUCAAUAGAAGGUUACAGUGGAUUGAGAUAUGAUUAUGGGAAAUAUUAUGCUUCAAAAACUUUCUAUGACGGACAAAAGAAGAGGAGAGUUUUGUGGGGUUGGGUGAAUGAAUCAUCAAGUGUUGAAGAUGAUAUCAAGAAAGGAUGGUCUGGCAUCCAGGGAAUUCCAAGAACAAUUUGGUUGGAUGCUUCUGGGAAGCAAUUAAUUCAAUGGCCAAUUGAGGAGAUACAAAAGCUUAGAAAGAACAAAGUUACAUUGACAAACAAAGUAUUGAAGAAAGGAUCUACGAUUGAAGUAAAAGGUGUAACACCGUCGCAGGCAGAUGUUGAGGUUUCAUUUAAAGUGAAAAACUUGAAGAAAGCUCAAAUUUUGAAACCUCAAUAUUGGGAAAACCCACAAGUGCUUUGUAGUCAAAAGGGAAGAGCAGCAACUACAAAGGGUGGAGUUGGUCCAUUUGGACUUCUAGUUUUGGCUUCAAAUGACUUCAAAGAGUACACUUCUGUCUCCUUUACCAUAUUCAAAAAACAAAGCAAAUACGUUGCCCUUAUGUGUAGCGACCAAAGCAGAUCUUCGUUAAACCCGACUAAUGACAAGACAACAUAUGGAGCGUUCUUGGAUGUAGAUGUCGAUAGUGAAGAUCUUUCGCUGAGAAGUUUGAUUGAUCACUCAGUUGUUGAAAGCUUUGGAUUAAAGGGGAAAGGUUGCAUAACAGCAAGAGUUUAUCCAACGUUGGCCAUUGGAGACAAUGUUGGUCUCUAUGCUUUCAACAAUGGAACAGAGAGUGUCACCAUUACAAAGCUCACUGCUUGGAGCAUGAAGAAAGCUCGUAUCAAUUAAAUAGAAGACAGAAAUUUGAUAAACCAUAAUUGUUUACUCUUUUUAUGCACUUGGACAAGCCAAUUGGUAAUUGAAUAAAAGAUCCCUUCUAACUUUUAUAAAUAUAUAUAUAUAUAUAAUGUUUAGUGUGACUUCUGUUGAAA